AUGACCGAAGGGUUCGGUAAGGUGCAAUCUGGGACUGUAGCCCUUGUCGACUCAGGGAUUAUGAGCAGCGGCGGGGCGGACGCAUCAACCUCAUCCUCGGACAACAAGCGAGCAACUCUAUCCCUCUCGUCCUUUGCCAGCGCCCGCCGCUCGAGUCUUCAAGGAUUACGUCUAAUUGGGGCCUUGUCUUGCGUUGUCCAUCUUGACCUUACGUUAAACACGGAAGAGUUCAUGUUCUCGAAGAUAAGGCCAGACCAAAAAGGUCAGGCUUGUGUUCCAGCUUCACCUCCACCACAGUCAUCACCACCACACUCCGCCCCACCACAGUCACCUCCACCACAGUCACCUCCACCACAAUCAUCUCCACCACACUCCGCCCCACCACAGUCACCUCCACCACAGUCACCUCCACCACAGUCACCUCCACCACAUUCCGCUCCACCACAGUCACCUCCACCACAGUCAUCUCCACCACACUCCGCCCCACCACAGUCCCCUCCACCACAGUCACCUCCACCACAGUCACCUCCACCACAGUCACCUCCACCACAAUCAUCUCCACCACACUCCGCCCCACCACAGUCACCUCCACCACAGUCACCUCCACCACAGUCACCUCCACCACAUUCCGCUCCACCACAGUCACCUCCACCACAGUCAUCUCCACCACACUCCGCCCCACCACAGUCCCCUCCACCACAGUCACCUCCACCACACUCCGCCCACGGAAUAAUCAAGAGUCAUUCUUAUCUGCUUUUAUAUAUAACUGAUCACAUAAGUGCUAACACCUUGCACUCUGGGUCUCUGUUGGCCUCCAUAGACAGCAUAUUGAAUAAUAUAUCCCCUGGCGCCCUCCUGUUCGUAAUUUAUGGUAGUCCGUACCUUCGCGGAACUCAAGGCUACGAAUCGGAGGGAUGGUCCUUAGGUCGAUCUGUCCCUCAGCUUCUAUAUUUAGGGUCGAAGAAACCCUUAAAACGCCCCCAAAAUAGGGAUAAUAAAGGAGGCUGGUCCUCGUCUGAAGGUCCUUUUUGCCGCCCUACACUUGUAUUAGAGGAUGACUAA